UUAGGUGUUGAAACAUUUCUUUCUUUCUUUGAAAGUGAAGCACCAACCAACGAACCGGGCACACCUUCCCAAAGCUUCAAACACGAGGCAAAAUUUACCUUAAAAAAUGCACGCACUUUAGAUAUGCAAAAGUUUACUGAGGAUAAACUGACCUCACAUGACCAAAUUCCAAAAUAUAUUCUUCAAAUGUUAAUGAUGGCCAACUACCAUGUGCGUGAAUUUACUUUGGAAGGAAUCAACCCAAUGGAUGCUUUGUUAGGAAUUUUCCAUUGUUCUGACAAUUUCUUACGACAAUAUAUAGCUGUUAAACUUAGCGAAUGUCAGCUUAGCGUUCCUUUUAUUUUACCUGAUCCUGAUGAUCCAGUGGAGAAGCAAACUAUCUUGCUUUCAGCGUUGGGAAAAAUAACAAAGUCUUGGAGAGGUGCCUCAAUCAACGACUCGGCAAAAGAGGUGUACGCAACAGAACACCCCUUUCCAAUAGUGUCAUUUAUCCGGCUGGGUAAUGUGACCAUGUCCAAAUCGUCUCUGUUGAAUAAAAUUAUCAGUGAUGGUAAUGGAGAUCAUGAAUUCUUUUUUCAUAAAAACAUGGAAGGUGGCGAUUUUGUAAGAAGAGUCGUUGAUGGUUUGGUAGAACUUGUGUGGUAUCUUCCUGGUGGAUGUGACAAGAACAUGUUAAAAAAUGAAAUCUGUUUUGCCAAUCUACGUGGAAAUGCCCAAAAUUUUAAGAAGCAAGUUAAUAUACUUCGUGAAAUAUCAAACAUUUUGUGCAUUUUGCUGCCCUCGGAAAUGCCUGACAAACGUGUGGAAAAUUUUUUGGAAAAGGCUAUGUCGUCCAAAAGUAAAAUAGUCCUCAUUUUUAAUGAAAACAUGCGAAAAGAAGUAAAAAAUUACUACGACGGCGUGAUCGAUCAACAUUCAACAAAAUUAUAUUCAUUCACUAAAUCGUUAAUGACAUCCGAUUACAGAUUUCUGAAAAGUAUUCGCCAGAAAAUCCAGAGCAACAUAAAAGAAACUGAAGUGAAAUCUUUAGAAAAGGUGAGGUUACUAUCACAGGAAAGUGGAGUUUAUGUUGAUUAUGACCAAGCUAAUGUUGAGUGGGACAAAACUUUCAAAACUUGGCUUUCUUUUGGGAUUGAAGAAACAAAAAAGUGGUUCAAGCUUCAACUUCAUAUACCUGUUCUGGCGGAUUUAGAAAGAAAGAAACAUAAUCCAAAGUUUCCUCUCAACAAUGAAAACACGAGCAGAGAAAACGUUGUAAUUGAACCAUAUGAAGAUAUAAGAAAAGAAAAGAAGGCUCAGAUGGAAUCAUUUCAAAAGAUGGAUACAGAAAUUCGUCAUUUCCUGAAUUCCAUUGCUGUGAUGGAUGAACGAAUGCUGAACAGAAAUUUGCAACGAUUGAAGUAUUUAUUUGAUAAGGCUUCUCUAUCGGCGAUGGCAAAGUUGCAUCACCAAUAUCGUCUAAAGUUACAAGAAACACACAAUGACAUGCUUGAUUCACAAUCCCAGGAAGAAAAUCGUUUGAAAGAUUUAGAAGCAUUGAUAUCAUACUCUUUAUUUGGUUUGGAGCAUAUCGUUAGAGAGCUUGCUCAACUUCAUCAACUCUCCGAUUUUGUAAUCAAUAAUUAUGCCAGUGCUGGUGCGAAGAUUCUUCUUUCAGGUCAUCCUUUGGAAUUACUAGAUGGUGAUUCAGGUUAUCUACCUUUAACAUGGUUUGAUGCUGUUUAUAAGGAAGUGGAACGCGAAACAAAUAACGCUAGAAUCUGCGUGAUUUCUGUGUUAGGUAUUCAAAAUUCUGGUAAGUCGGCAAUGUUGAAUGCAAUGUUUGGCUUGGAAUUUCCUGUAAAUGGGAGAAAGUGCACUCGUGGCGCUUUUGUUUGUCUUGUUCCACUUAGUGAUCAACUUAAAUCGGACUCAAACUUGGACUUCUUAUUGAUCAUCGAUACUGAAGGAUUGAGAAGACGGGUUGAUCCAACAGUGAGAGAACAUUCUAUUGAAUUGGCAACUUUUGUUAUUGGUGUGGCUGAUGUCACGAUCGUCAAUAUCUUUGGUGAAAAGCAUAAUGAAAUAAUAGAAUUUUUAAACAUGGUUGUUCGCGCUUUUUUGAAAAUGAAGCUGCUGAAAGAGAAAAAAAAUUACAAAAUCCUAUAUCAAAAUGUUUCUGCUACCAAAACCGAGGAGAAUUUUAAAGCGAAUUGGCAAAAUUUAAAGCAUGAUCUAGACAAAAUGGCAAAGCUUGCAGCUGCACAAGAAAACUGUGAAGAUCAGUUUCAAAAGUUUGACGACAUCAUUGCAUUUGACGAAAACAAAGACAUGUUUUACAUACCAAAUUUAUUGAAAGGAAGUCCUCCUAUGGCUCCAGUGAAUCCAAAUUAUGGUAUUGCUGUGCAGGAAGUAAAAGAGAGUAUAAUUGAGUUAAUGUGGUCAGAAAAAUUGAUCAAACUUACUGUUUCUUCGUUUCGUGAACGAGUUAAAAGUUUUUGGAAAGCCAUACUCAAGGGAAAUUUUAAUUUUAGUGCUCGAAAUAUUUUCCAAGUCAAAGCCAAUAUAUCAAGGGAGAAAAACUAUUUUGAAAAAUCAGUUAAACUAAUCGUAAAUGGAAUGGCUGAAGUUGAACAAGAAAUCCAAAGAGAAUUACGAAGAUGUACAACACGAGAGGAACGUGAUACAUGUUGGAAGAAAAGUAAAAAAUAUAUUGUGGACACGGCUGAAGAACUCAAGACAAAAAUGGAAGAUGAAAUGCGGACAAUUUGUUUAAAUAAUGAAGAUGGAUCAACAACUCUUGAACAAUGGAAAAAAGACAUGAUGCAUAAAAUUUUUAUGCAAAAACGAAGUCAAGAAAUGUCUGUCAUAACAAGUUGUGAGGCCACUUUUAACUAUCUACAGCAGCGACAAGAUGUUGAAGAGAUGCAACAAAGUUAUGAAAAGCAACUUUUGGAUAAAGCAGACAAUUUAAUGUCAGAUCAAAAUGCAAAUGAGGAGGAAGAAUUCUUAAAGGUAUUCGCUUUGAAAAUAUUUGAGGAAAGUGUAAAUAUUACAAAAUGUGAAGAAGAACCUGUUAAUGAAUCCAAGCAAACAAUUGACAGCAAGAAUUUGGAUGAUUUCAAUGAAGAAGACAAGGAAGGCACUCACGCCAAAAAAAAUCAAAAGGAAAGCGUAAUGGAAGAAAACAGAAAAUCCUUUCAAGAUGAUGGAGAGUAUAUGAAGGAUAUGAGAGAAUUUAUGCAAAUCACAGAGAAAAAUAAUUUGGAUAAUUUUGAUGAAAAGAAGAGAAACGAGGAAGACAGCAACACUAAAAAUGUUGAAGUUGAAAGUGAAUCCAUGGUGGAAGAUAAUUCUGAUGAUUUUAAUAAAGAAAAUAAAAACGAGGAUGACAAACACGGUGAACAUGUUGAAGAUGAAAGCGUUAAGGAGGAAAAUGUUAGUUCUACAAAAGAUGCCAGACAAAGUAUAGAAGGGUCAGAAGAAAGUAACGCUAAACUGGGAGAAACAUUAUCACAACUCUGCGCUAGGUUGAACUUAAAUGUUGAGUCAAAGCUUACCUUAAAACAUGCACGCACUGUAGACAAUCACAUGUUUAAUGGCGAUGAACUAACGUCUACUGACCAAAUUCCUGGUUAUAUUCUUAAAACAUUGAUGAUUGCAGACUACCAUGUCCGUGAACUUACCUUUAAACCAUUAAAUUCAAACAAAAGUGGUGAAGUUUCCAAUGAAUUAAAUGAAGACACUGGUUCUGAUGCGAGUGACAGUGAUAGCGAAAGUGGAAAUGAAAUUGAAAGUGUGGAAAGGAUUAACCCUAUGGAUGCUUUAAUAGGGAUUUUUUAUUGCUCUGAUAUUUUUUUACGGCAAGAUCUAGCUGUUAAACUUACUGCUUGUCAGCUUAGCGUUCCUUUCAUUUUACCUCAUCCUGAAAUGCCAGCAGAGCGCGUAAUAAUCUUACUUUCAACGUUAGAAAAAAUAACAAAAUCUUGGAAAGGUGCUUCAUCGGAAGAUACUGCUAAAGAAGUCUACGCAACAGAACAUCCGUUUCCUGUAGUGUCUUUUAUCCGCCUGGGUAAUGUGACCAUCUCUAAAUCGUCUAUGAUGAAUAAGAUUAUCAGCGACAAUAAUGGUGAUCAUGAGUUCUUCUUUCAUAAAAACAUAGAGGGUGGUGAUUUUGAGAGAAAAGUCGUAGAUGGUUUGGUAGAACUUGUGUGGUAUCUUCCUGGUCGAUGUGACAAGAACACCUUAAAAAAUGAGAUCUGUUUUGCCAAUUUACGUGGAGAUGCUCAAAACUUCAAGAAACAAGUUGAUAUACUUCGAGAAAUAUCAAACAUUUUUUGUAUUUUAUUGCCCUCGGAAAUGCCCGACGAGCGAAUGGAAAAUUUUUUGAAAGAGGCCUUGCUUUGCAAAGGUAAAAUAAUUCUUAUUUUUAACAAAAAAAGACGGGAAGAAUCUAAGAAAUUCUACAACUGCUUGAAAAAUCAACAUUCCAAAAAGUUAUCAUUGUUUACAAAAGCGCAAAAGACAAACGAGUUUAUAUUUUUACAAACUAUUCGCAAUGCCAUCCAGAGCAACAUAAAUGAAAGUGAAGUAAAAUCUUUAGUAAACCUUAGACUUUUGCCGGAAGAAAGAAGCCUUUAUUUGGAUGAUAAAGAAGCUUAUGUCGAAGCUUUUGGAAAAACAGUUGAAACUUGGUUUCCUUGGUGCAAUGAAAAAGCAAAAAAGUUGUUCAAACUACAGCUUCACGUUCCUGCUUUGGCAGAUUUGGAAAGAAGGAAACACAAUCCAAGUCUUUGUCGCAACAUUAAAACUGUUACCGAUCUUAAUAAAGUGUAUGAAGACAUUGGAAAGGAAAAAAAGGCUCAGAUGGAAUCUUUGGCCAAAAUGGAUGAAAAUGUUCUUCAUUUUCUUAAAUCUCUUGCUGUCAUGAAUGAGAAUGAACUAGUAAGACGUUUACAUCAACUGAAGUAUUUGUUAGAUAAGGUGUCGCUCUCUGAGAUAACAAAACUGCAUCAACAAUAUCGUCAAAAGAAAAGCAAAAAUUACAAUUCACAAUGUGAAGAAGAAGAGCGUUUAAGAGAGCUGGAAGAAUCAAUAUCGCAUACUUCGUUUGGUUUAGAGCAUAUUUUUAGAGAACUUACUCAACUUUAUCAAUUGAAGAAUGACGUAACAAUUGAUUAUACUGGUGCUGCAGCAAAUAUUCUUCUUUCAGGAGAACCUUUGGAACUAUUAGAUGGUGAUUCCGGAUACCUGCCAUUGGAAUGGUUUGAUGCUGUUUAUAAGAAAUUGGAACGCAAAACAAACAACGCUAGAAUUUACGUCAUUUCUGUGUUAGGUAUUCAAAGUUCCGGUAAAUCGACAAUGUUGAAUACAAUGUUUGGUUUGGAAUUUCCUGUAAGUGCAGGAAGAUGUACUCGUGGUGCUUUUGCUAGUCUUGUUCCACUUAGCGAACAACUAAAAUGUGACUCAAAUUUUGAUUAUGUGUUGAUCAUUGAUACUGAAGGUCUGAAAGGAAUGGCUGACCCAAUAGUGAGAGAACACGAUAAUGAAUUGGCAACUUUUGCUGUUGGUGUGGCUGAUGUCACGAUUGUCACUAUCUUUGGGGAAAACUAUAAUGAAAUGAAAGAAUUUUUGGCCAUGGCUGUUCAUGCUUUUUUGAAAAUGAAACUUGUAAAAGACAAGAAAUCAUGCAAGAUCGUCCAUCAAAAUGUUGCUGCUAAUGACGCUGCAGAUAAGUUAAUGAUGGAUAGGCGAAAUCUAAAACAAAACCUAAACCAUAUGGCAAGGCUUGCAGCAAUACAAGAAAAUUGUGAAGAUCAAUUUCAAACGUUAGAUCACAUAAUGGCAUUUGAUGAAAAUAAAGACGUAUUUUACAUACCAAGUCUAUUGAAAGGAAGUCCUCCCAUGGCUCCGAUAAACCCAAAUUAUGGUAGAGACUUGCAAAAAGUAAAGGAGAAUAUUAUUCAGCUAAUGUGCUCAAAAGAAGUGGUCAAGCUAACUGUUUCUUCAUUCCGUAAUCGAGUUAAAGGUCUAUGGCAAGCCAUGCUAAAGGAAAACUUCAUUUUCAGUUUCCGAAAUGUGAUCGAAAUCAGAGCUUAUGCAUCUUUAGACAAAAAACUUUUCAAAGAAUCAGUAAAACUAUUGGUAAAUGGAAUGGCUGAAAUUGAGAGAAGUAUUGAAAGAGACUUGAAAAGAUGCACUACACGACAAGAACGAAAGGGAUGUUGGAUAAGCAGUAAAAGUCGUAUAAUUGAAAAAGCAGAAGAACUCAAAACGAAAAUGGAGAAAGAAAUGCAGACGUUUUUUGAAAGCAGUGAAGAUAAAUCUACCCUUGAACAAUGGAAAGAAGACGUGAUGGUUAAAAUUAAAACAUACAAACGAAAUCAGGAAGCGUCUGUUAUAGAAAAUUGUGAGGCAACCUUCCACCAUCUGCAGCAACAACAAGAUGUUGAAGAAAUGAAAAAAAAUUAUGAAAAACAACUUCUAGAAAGAGCAAAAUAUUUAGUGUCAACUCAAAGAACAAAUGACAAAGAAGAAUACAAUAUGUCAAAGGCAUAUGAUAUCAAAAAUAUAGUUAUCUCUAAAGGACAGCAGUUUGCAGAGAGAGUUUCCAACAUUGCUGUUAGAUUUACUAAUAAUGAUCUUAAAGCGAUGUAUAAUGAAAUCAUUUCUACUAUUGAUAAAGAAACAGAGAAACAAAAAAUGAAAUUUAAAAAACCAUUAGUAUGUGACAUACUGUUAUACACAUUUGCUCGUGCCUUUCCAAUUUUUGAUAAAAUGGAAGAGCGUUAUCUUGAAGAGCGUGAUAUUCAAUAG